AUGCUUCCUCCAGAUAUAUUACAAAAUGGUGAAUUUGAAACCAUUUACUUCCAGACAAAUCCAACAUAUAUAAAAUCACCGAUACAUAUCCCCAAAUCUACAAUUGGGAAACCUGAUACAGUUAAAAUUCGACACUUUUUCGCUUUACUACAUCAAGAUCUUGUUGUUUUAGGAUUAGAAGUUUUUGUAUAUUUACAAAUUUAUUCAGACUUUGUUGAAAAAUACGUUUACGUAUCCAAAUGUGAUACUGUUGGAUUAGAAAAAUCAACAAUCAAAAUUGGAAAAGUAAUUGGUCCGGUGUUACAAUACAUCAUCAACUAUAAUGGUUAUAAAAUAAAAAUGAAAAAUUUGGAUGAAAAAUCAAAAGAUUUGUCAGACCCAUCAACUUUGGUUCGUUUACAAAGGUUGCGUGAUAAGUUACCAGAUAUUUAUCCAAAUUUACCUUAUUAUAAUGAUAUCCCACCAAAAGAAGAAUGCAUUGAGUACCGAACUUUACCAAAGACGCAAAACUUGAGAUUAUGUGUUUUUACAAAACCAGCUAAAGAAUAUCUUUUCCCCAAUUCAGCCAAGAACCCAUAUAAAAACCUUUUGAAUGGACAGUCUCUCUUGAGAUGGUGGAUAUCAAUAAUUGAUAGCAUUACCAAAGGUUGGAACAAUCACAAACUAAUGAUUCCUGGGGCAGACAAGUAUGCUACCAGAAAAUUCAUUGAAAAGUAUUCUGACUGGAGUGAAGGACACAUUUUCAAAAAAGAUGGUUUGGCGGUACAGGCAAUUCCAUUGUUUCCGGAUGAUCCCAAGGGUAGAUUUUUGGAAUUGGUAAUUGUAGAGUGUCGAUAUGGAAAGAUGACAGUGUCGAGAUUUUAUCAAGAACUUGCUUAUAGACAAGAGUUUCUUCUUGGUGAUUGUGUAUCGUUGAUUGGAUGCUGUAAGGAAAACUUGGAGGUUACAUAUCACGAUGAUCUGGUUUCAACUGUGACAAUUUCAGAAUAUAAAGAGUUUAUGAACCUGUUGAAGCUGGUUGAUUUUAGUGAUCGUGUUGAAGUUAGUAAUUUUGUAAGUAAUUAUAGAAAAUCAAAAUAG